AUGCAAGCACCUGUUGUUGUUAUGAAUGCCGGUGGCGAACGACAGACUGGACGAAAGGCCCAGGUGUCAAAUAUUACUGCAGCAAAAGCUGUUGCUGAUAUUAUUCGGACAUGUCUUGGCCCUAAAGCUAUGCUCAAAAUGCUGCUUGAUCCUAUGGGCGGAAUUGUUCUUACCAACGAUGGCCAUGCAAUUCUUCGUGAAAUUGAGGUUGCUCAUCCAGCUGCCAAAAGCAUGAUUGAGUUAAGCAGAACCCAGGACGAAGAAGUUGGUGAUGGAACGACAACUGUUAUUAUUCUUGCUGGUGAGAUUUUGGCUCAAACGUUUCCAUAUGUCGAGAGAAACAUUCAUCCUGUUAUUAUUAUUUCAGCUCUUAAGGAAGCUUUGAAAGAUGCACUUGAGAUUAUUCAUGAUAUUUCCAAACCUAUUGAUACCAAUGAUGAAUCUCAGAUGAUCAGCCUUAUUCGAUCAUCUAUUGGAACAAAAUUUGUUUCUAGAUGGAGUAACCUUAUGUGCAAGUUAGCUUUGGACGCUGUCAAAACUGUUGCUAUCGAAAACAAUGAUCGCAAAGAGAUUGAUAUUAAAAGAUAUGCCCGUAUUGAAAAGAUCCCCGGUGGUGAAAUCGAGGAAUCUAAGGUUUUGGAUGGUGUUAUGCUAAACAAAGAUAUUACACAUCCUAAAAUGAGACGACGAAUAGAAAACCCAAGAAUUAUUUUGUUGGAUUGCCCGCUAGAGUACAAGAAGGGUGAAUCACAAACCAACAUUGAGAUUACAAAAGAAGAGGAUUGGACACGAAUUUUAGAAAUUGAGGAGGAGCAAAUAAAAACUAUGUGUGAAACCAUCCUUUCAUUUAAUCCUGAUAUUGUUAUUACUGAAAAAGGUGUUUCUGAUUUGGCUCAACACUACCUACUCAAAGGAAACGUAUCAGCCCUUCGACGCGUUAGAAAAAUGGAUAACAAUAGAAUUGCUAGAGCUACAGGUGCUACUAUUGUUAACCGUGUGGAAGAUCUUCGUGAAUCUGAUAUCGGUACAAGAUGCGGAUUAUUUAAUAUUGAACUUAUUGGUGAUGAAUACUACACAUUUCUUACGAAGUGCCAAGAUCCUCAUGCCUGCACCGUUCUUCUGCGUGGCCCUUCCAAAGAUAUCCUUAAUGAGAUUGAGCGCAACCUUCAAGACGCUAUGUCGGUGGCCCGUAAUGUUUUUUUUGCUCCUCGUUUAUCUCCAGGUGGUGGUGCUACCGAGAUGGCUAUUAGUGUUCGCUUGGCUGAAAAGGCCAAAACCAUUGAGGGAGUUGCCCAGUGGCCUUAUAGAGCUGUUUCAGAUGCUAUGGAAGUUAUCCCACGAACACUUGUCCAAAAUUGCGGUGCAAACCCUGUACGCAUUUUAAGUUCUCUGAGAGCGAAGCAUGCUCAAGGUGGUUAUACUUUUGGUGUCGAUGGUGAAAAUGGAAAAGUAGUUGAUAUGAAUGAUUACGGAAUUUGGGAGCCAGAGGCAAUUAAAUUGCAGUCGAUAAAAACAGCAAUUGAAAGUGCCAGCUUGUUGUUGCGUGUUGACGAUAUUGUUAGUGGUGUCCGCAAAAGCGAAUCUUGA